ACCGUGAAAACCCGUCCCACUCCUUGCUGCUGACUUGUCAUGACUCGCCUCAGGAAAAGUUACUCAAUGUUAAUCUUUGACGAGAAGGAAGACGGGCCUUUGCUUCCACAUCGCUCAGACAGGCAACGAAACCACAACCUCUCAGUUCUCCUUCCAUUCAGGACUGUGCUGCUGCUUUCUGGGGAGAAAACAGUUUGAUUUGUGGGAGAACAAACGAAUACCACCAUGGAGGUGCUGGUGCUGGUCGACUUUGAGGGCACCAUGGGCGACGAGCUCACAGUGAAGAUGGGAGAUGUGGUGAAAAAUGUCACCAAGGCCAGUGAGGAGGGAUGGCUGAAAGGAGAGCUGAGGGGGAAAACGGGCAUCUUUCCUGCCACCUUUGUCAAAGACAUACCAGUGUAUCUGACUGGUGACAACAACAGGGAACCAAGGAGUCUCAGAAAAGCUAAGAAGGUGAUGCAGAUGAGGAGAUGUGAGGUGGCCUUUGCUUAUGCUCCGCAGAACGAGGACGAGCUGGAGCUGGCUCCUGGUGAAAUAGUUGACAUUGUUAAAGAGAUUGAAGAUGGAUGGUGGAUGGGGGUGAAAAACGGCAAAGUGGGAGCGUUUCCAUCGAAUUUUGUCAAAGAACUUUUUGUAGCCCCUAAAGAUGGAAAGUACGGUGAGGGCAAGGCAAGGCCCAAACUGGCAGAUGCUGUCUUCAGUAAGGAGAUGUCCCAAAGAGCAACUGUGCGACAAAAAGCAAAGAAAUCUGUCGAGUACUGCCAGGCGUUGUUUGACUACAAAAGCGUUUCAGAAGAUGAGCUGGAUCUGAAAAAAGGAGACAUUGUGGCCGUAGUGAAUAAGGAAACAGAAGAUGAAGGCUGGUGGGAAGGGGAGCUAAACGGACGCUGCGGCUACUUUCCAGACAACUUUGUGAUGGUGUUGCCACCAAAGGACGCUCUGCCUUCUGGGAACACAACCCUACUGCCUACACGCGUCGGCAGCAUGAAAGUCUCAGCAAAAACAGAAGCUUCGGCGAUGGAGAAAGGUGAUCCAGCCAAAACAAAAGAAGAUAAGCCAGAAGCUAAAGAUAUGAGAAGCAAUCCUCCAACUAAAGUCAAGCUACCGCCCGUAAAGCCCAUGCCGCCUCCCAUCAAAGGCAAACCCAUCAAGGUUCCACCAAAUACAACCAACGGUGAUGCUGUUCCAGCUUCACCCAAAAAGCUGGAGGAGAAGGAGCCCGAUCAUUUUGAUGGGAUUGAUAUUCAAAGUGAAAAGCUGAGUCAUCCUACAGCCAACCGAGCCAAACCUCCUCACAGGAGACCACCAACAGCCCAGGCUCAGAGUGCAGCAGACCAAAUGGACCAGAAGGAACCGGAAUCAGGAUUCAAAAAGCCUCCAGUCGACAAAUCACUCAACCUACAAAAGGGGAAAGAAAAUCUCACACCUCCACCCGCAAAGCCCGAAACUGCAGCCAAGACGCCCCCUGUGGUCCGCCCACCUCCUCCUAAGAUCGCCAUGAACAACAGAAACGAGAACCAUAAAGAAGAGCCGACAGUAGGAAGUCUUCAGGAGGAGCUCAAAGAGCUGAAGAUGGCGCUGGAGCUGUUUCAAACCCGACACGAACAAGACAUGCAGGAAGUGAGAGAAGAACUGAAAGAAGAAAGAAGAAAGCGAAUGUCUUUGCAGGAGGAAGUGAUCGCUUUGAAGGCAAGGAAAUAAUUCCACCAGUGACGCUGAGCUCCUUGUUUGUGGUUUUACUGUAAAGGAUUUCUGACACCAAGUAAAGGUUCUCCCAAGUGAAGACGAGAGAUGUCUAAAUGUUAAAGUAUUGGUCAGAGCCCUCUGGUCCAGUGAGAUCACAUUAUUACAUCAGAAUGCUGUUUAUGUUUGCUACAUGAAUGCUGGAAAACAAAGGUCUGGGUUUAGCUUAGAAAAAUAAUAGAAUUUACUUAAAUAUUAUUUUUUUCCCCCCGCUGUCAUAUUUUACUCUGCUUUACAGAAAGCGACUUUUAAAGCCUCAGAAUUUGUAAUAUGUGAAAAUGUACAUAAAAUGAGUUAUUGUGAAUGUUAUUAAAAAUAUAAGAUGA